AUGCCCACCAGAUCUAAAUUCUACAACCCUUCAACAGCUCCUUACUACAACCCCGAAACCGAGAGAAAGGUUGCUAUAAUUACAGGAGGCAAUUCAGGAAUUGGAUGGUACACAACUCUUCAUUUGUAUCUUCACGGCUAUGUGGUUUAUAUGGCCGGUAGAACUGAGCUGAAAGUUAAAAAGGCGUUUGAAGAUAUUGAAAAAGAAGCUAAAGCCAGAGUAGCAGCAAAUAAGGAUGCUAAAUCUGAUCAUGUUUUUGGUGAAUUGCAUUACAUCCAUAUUGAUUUAUUGGAUUUGUCGACGGUCCCCAAAGCAGUUGCCGCAUUUGCUGCUGCUAAAGAAGAGAAGUUGGAUGUGUUGAUAAACAAUGCUGGUAUUAUGGGUGUGCCAUAUCAGGUGACAAAGGACGAUUAUGAAAUCCAAUAUCAGGUCAACUUUGUCACUCAUUUCCUUUUGACUCUUCAAUUGGUUCCCUUUUUGCAAAAGACGGUUGAAGCUGGCAGUACUCCCAGAAUUGUCAAUUUAUCAUCAAUUGGACACAACUUUGCUUACAAGUACUUCAAGCCAGAAAAGAACAAGUUGAAUGCGUUCCCCAAUAGUAUUUGGACUUGGGUCCGGUAUGGUAUUGCCAAGGCAGCUGAGAUUCAAAUCACCAAGGAAUGGGCCAUCAAGUAUCCCAAGUUUUUGUCAAUUGCUAUCCACCCUGGUGUCAUUUUGGGUACGAAUUUGUAUGAUUAUUGGCGCCAAAUCCCUAUUAUAAAGUACCCAGCUAGUGCCAUUUUUGCAUUGUCAGAUAAAGUUAUGGGAGUUUCUAAUGAAGAAGGUUCGUUGGCUACGUUGAGAGCAGCAAUGGAUCCAACAUUGAAUACCAAGCAAGAUAAUGGUGAGUUUUUAGUUACUGGAGGUAUUGUUGAGAAGCCAAGUAAAGUUGCCAGCAAUUUGGAGUAUGCCAAGGAGACUUGGGAUUGGAAUAUCGAACAAUUGAAGAAACGUGGGUUUGAUGUGUAA